CUGCUGAAAUUUGCAUUUGAAAUCGGAACUCGCUUGGCUACAGUUGGUCGAAAAAUCAGCUGGUUGGCAAAGAGGAGAAGGGAAGAAAAACACGCGCCCACUUUUGAAGUGACACCGAUUUAUUUGGAAGAGUUUUCUUUUUCUCAUCUUUGCAUUUCACAUCAUUGUUUGCGUUAGAACAAUGUGGUUCUCAUCUUCAUUUGUUUCAUUCAAAAAUUGUGCAUUUUGUCUUUGUGUCGGAAUGUAAAAGUGUCAUCAUCCGAUUUGCGCUACUUUUUUGAACAAAAGAUGAAAUCGUCUGCUUUUUAUUUAGAUUUUAGAGGAAAAGUUCUAUUUUUGGAAGUUCGGCCUGAAACUGAUAUUACUUAUUAAGAAAGGAAUAUUCGAUAUGCUAUUCUAUAGUUUUAUUCUCAAGAAGGCGUAAGUGUUAAAUAGUUUCUUUUUUUGAUUUACUGUUCGAAAUUGGAAUCGUCUGCUUUUUAUUUCAAUUUUAGAGAAAAAGUUUUACUUUCGGAUUCUUUGGUUAGAAACUGAUAUUUUUUAUUCCUUAAAUGUGUGAAGAGUCAAUUAGUUGAAAAACAAAUAAAAUUUAUAAACUAUAAAGAAAACGGACUGCUCCAGACGAUAUUUUACUUUUUCAAACAAUAAGUUAUGUCCAGAUUAAUUUUUGGAACAAUAACAAAUUUAUUUAAUGCUUACAUUUUCUAAUUACUUGUGACUAUAUUUUUUCUCAAGCAUAUAACCUAAAGAACAUUAAUCUGAUGUUGAUGAUUUUUAAAUCAGUAUAAAGUGAGGAAAGUUGAAAAAUUAAAAACAAAAUUGUAAACAUGUUUCCAGCAUAUUUUCCUAUGGACACGACAAAGAGAUGCCUUGUGUGCAUCGUGUUUCUUGUUAACUGUGCCACAUUUGCUCUAAUAUGCAGUGCAAUGCUGUCACAAGAGUGGGUUGUAGUGAAACCCGUGCGAACUGGGCUUAACAUCAGCAUAAGGAAUGUUGAGUACUUAGAUUCAGAAACCAAUAGGUUUCAAGGUGUGAUUUAUUUUGGACUUUUUGAAGGCAAGAAAAUAUUGAACUAUGGAUUUGGAAAUCGAGCAUUCGAUCUAAAAAUUGUGUGUGUAUCAAAAUUGAAGACGUGUAUGUAUAGUUCCAAAGAAAACUCAACAGAACGAGUUAAAGAUCUUCAUGAUAACUUUAACAUCUAUACUAAGCGAGGAGACAAAAAUUUCACAGACGAUGAAGAAGCGUUUAAAGAGAGCCUACCUGAUUUUAACAGCUGGGUUGUUACAAUCUCCAGUCUUUCCUUAGCUGCUAUGUUCGCUAUAACAGGAGGUGUGUUUGCUAUAGUCAACGCUAUUCGUAAUUCUGCAGAAUUAGUAUUCGGGUUCUUAGGCAUCGGUAUUUGGAACACGUUUGGAGCCAUCUGCUCAAUGGUAUCUUUUUUGAGUUGGAUUCUUUUAUACCUACAAAAAUUUCGAAAGAACGUAAUGACCAGAGAAGAAUUGGAUCAACACUGGGUCUCUGAAUACAGGGCUUGUGUUGGGUACAGCUUCUAUCUUGUGGUUGUCUCCAUGUUCCUGUUCUUGCUGAAUGUUGCUCUUAUAUCUACCAUCAUAAAACAACCCUGGGUGGACAGAAAACUGCGAUCGGAACUGAGAAAAAAGUUAUCAUCCGGUAAAUACGUGGCACAUUCACCGGCGUCCAGUUUGGCGAAGAAAUCGAAAGAUAUCAUAGCAGUUUGAACUAAUUGCCCUCAUUAUGAAUAAUUUCAAAACAAGAUACUAUAGAAAUGUCGCCAAAUUAGAGGUUAUUUUAAAGGAAACUUUUGUGAGUCUAUGAAAUAUUCAGUAGCGAAACUCUUAAUUGAACGUCAGUCUGAUUGAUCAGAAUAAGAGAAUGGAAAGUAGAAUAAAUUACAUCAUGAACUAUGAGAUGAAUGAAUAUGAUUUGUUCUAAAUGUAAAUAUUUGCGUUCGUUUUCUUUAAAAGACAAGAAAAAUGAUUUUACUCAUUUUAAAUGAAUAACUAGGAUAAAUGACUAGUUUAAAUGAACGCAACAACUAGGACUGGGUUCUAUCCCUGAUGGCAAUUUGAAGUCUACCCACUUUAAGAUCUUCGGAUACCAGCUUGUCUGAGAAAUAAAGACAGCUGGCUCUUAAUGCAGACCACCAUCAUGCAGUUGGUCAUGAAAUUAUGGAGCCUUGUCUUCCAUGAUCCUCUUGGUUGUUGUGAGGGUACUUAACUUUAAAUAAGGAAAUUUUUUUAAUAAGGAUGAAAAGUAAAGCCAAAGUCAAUACAGAUGGUUUCAUGACAAACUGUCAGCUUCCAAUAAAAAGUUUAACAAAUUACUUCAAUAAAAAAAACUCUAUUCAUCGAGUAGUUUAUAAACUCCUUUAUGAAGGAGAAUCCUAUAUAUGUCCUUAAUGCACAAAGGAAUGCAAUAUAAAAAAUUUAAUAUGUUUCAAUAUUUUCCUUUUUAUAUUAAAAACUAUUUUCUAAUUCAAUAUCAGUAAAUAAGUAGCAGGGACUGAUUUACAGAUCUCAGCCACUAGAGGGCACUCUACUUAGUUGUCAAGUUUCAGUUAACAUGCAUGCAUCUCUAUCACAAUAUCAAAAGAUAAUUUUUUAAACAAUGGCAAAUUCUAAACAACCUAAAUCCUUUAGAAGUACAGAAAUUUAUAAUUUAAUUUAGUAAUUAUUUGAUAGAGUAGGAGUUAUUAGUAAAAUUGAUCAGUUAGAUUGAUUAAUAAUUAUUAGGAAACAAGAUAUUUGUAUUGAGUACCUAGCAAAGCAUCUGUAGCAUUCUAAUAAGUCAUUUGUGUGGUUUAUUUACCUCAAAAAGCACUAAAUUAUUAAGUUUAUUUCAGGUAAUAAUUUUAUGAAAUGUUAACUCGCAUUAAACAUAUUUCACAGUUUAAAAUACUGGCAUGAACUCUAACUGCUAAAUUUAAUACUUAAUAGCAUAAUCAUAAAUCGGCUAAAUAUUUAAAAAAAUUGUUUUGCCAGAAAAAUGCAAUGUUAGUUGCAUUACUUUUCACUAUGUAUGAUAAAAAUAUAUAUGCCUGUGUGUAUGACACUUUUACAACUUUAAGACAACUCUAAAUAUCUUAUACCAAGUCUUUUGAAAAAAUAGAUUUUUACAAUAUUUUUAUUAAAAAACAGUUUUGGGGCCCUUGCAAAUCAAAGGCCAAUCUAGUAAAAAUAAUAAUAUAAAUUUCUUUAACGAGUAAUUUUGCGUAGGGUCACCUACUCCAAAUACUUUCUGUAAAUUAGUCUUAAUAAGUUAUAUACAUUUUACAAUUUUUACAUUUACUAUCUGAUUAUGAAAGUUUAAGUGGCAAUUAAACUACUUAGAGCGUUAAGGGAUAGAAUAUACAAAUUAUAUUAUUAAAUAGUUUAGAUAAUUCUCUGCUACGAGUUUAUAUCGUGUUGGUUUAUUUUCUUUAGAAAUGGGUUUUGUGCAAUGAGCAAAAGAAAUGUGUUAUCGGUAUUAGAAUCAUGUCUUGGUAACAAGGGAAUUAAGUGUUCAUCAACCUGUGAUCCUGAUCUUAUGUAUUGAAUCCUUCUAUUUCCGACUGGCCAUUAUGUUUUGUAAAUGAUGAGGUUAUGUAAGGGUAUUUUGAUUGUAGAAUAAAUUUGUCUUUUGUCCUCGA